CAUUCUGAGCUUUAAAUUGAUAUAGGUUAUUUAUUUAUGUUCUUUAACUAAUUUAAUAAAAAAACGUCAUAUUAUUCCUUCAUGAUUAUUUUGAAAAUUCCGAAAAUGUUUGCCGAAAAUUCAAAAACAUUUACAGCUUCAGAUAUGAAUGAAAUUGAAGAAUUAAAAAAUGAUCAGGGUAUUCAGGUAUGGGGCCAAAGUCAGGAGUCGCUGGAAAAUCAAGCUGCUCUAGAGCUGGCGUUGAUUACGAAAGAAUCGAGUCAUGAAUUCUCAGAUGCGCCCAAUACAUGCCACAAAAAAUUGAAUGUCAGUAUCAGUACACAAGCUGAAGCUCCUUUAGAAUCCCAAACCGUCGAACUCCAGCACUCCAUUUCAGAGCACGACGAUGAUUUUGAAGAGCAUUAUUCAGCUGCCGAUAAUAAUUCUGGCAGUGAAUAUGUCCCUUCAGCAGACGACACUUCAGAUCAUGACAGUUCAAAAAGGAAACCAAAACGACCAAGCAAAAAAUCUUCAGUUAACAAGAGUGCAGGUUUAAAAAAAAGUAAAUCCCCACUAAAAAAACCCAUUGCAAAGUACAAAGACGACGCAUUGGUGAAAAAUUACAAAGCGAGGCUUGACAAGUAUUAUAAAAAACUAGAGGAGCAACAAACACUUGAUGACCUUGAAGACGAGUCAGAUGUUGCCCUUAGUGGUGGCCUGAAAGUGCACAGAGAACUUUGGGAAAGACUCUAUGGUUACCAGCAGGACGGUGUCGAAUGGUUGUGGGAUAUACAUCAGAAAUCCGUUGGUGGUUUGUUAGGUGAUGAGAUGGGCUUAGGCAAAACAGUUCAAGUGAUUGUCUUCCUGCAUUCACUGCAGUACAGCAGGAUUAUUUCGAGCCACUGCAGGUAUAAUGGCUUAGGGCCCACAAUGAUUGUUUGCCCAGCUACAAUUAUCCAUCAGUGGGUGAAACAUUUUCACGAAUGGGCACCGGAAUUUAGAGUCGCUGUUCUUCAUCAAUCCGGCACCCAUCAAGGGAACAAAACGGCCUUCAUAAAAGACAUGAAUCAAUCGAAAGGAGUGAUAAUAACCACUUAUGCUGGUCUCCUUAAGUACAAGGGAAACUUUGCGGAGUACAACUGGCAUUAUCUCAUCCUCGAUGAGGGUCACAAGGUAAGAAACCCAUCAGCCAAGGUGACGGUAGCGGCGAAAGGAUUAAGGACGCCACACCGUAUCAUGUUAACGGGAAGUCCAAUGCAGAACAACUUGGUGGAACUAUGGAGUUUAUUCGAUUUUACUAACCCAGGGAUACUUGGCGAUUUGGCCACCUUCCAGGAACACUUUAUAAGCCCGAUUUUGAAGGGUGGUUUCGCUAACUCCAGCUCGAUGCAGGAGGCGACCGCUCUGUCAGUUGCAUCCACUCUGAAAAACAUAAUCUCACCAUACCUGCUGCGGAGAUCAAAAAACGACGUGCAAAACUACCUCCAACUCCCCAACAAGAGCGAGCAAGUUUUAUUUUGCACUUUAACUGACGAUCAAAAGGACCUGUACAAGAAUUAUUUGCUGGGAGAGAGGGUGAGCUCCAUCAUCGACAAAGGUUCAAGAACUUGGCGCAGCGAGAACGCUUUAAGGGCAAACAUGCUGGUCGCCAUAACCGCAUUACGAAAGUUAUGCAACCACCCGGAUUUGUUUCUUUUCGACGAAAACGAAGCUAAAAACGACGACGCGGACCUGCCGGACAGUUUCGGAUAUUACAAAAAAUCGGGUAAAAUGGUCGUUGUGUCUGCGCUGUUAAAAAUUUGGAAACGUCAACGUCACAGGGUGUUGCUUUUCUCGCAAGGCCGAUCUAUGAUAAAGAUUUUCGAACAGUUCCUCGUCCAACACCACUAUACAUACCUGAAGAUGGACGGAUCGACCAGCGUCGCCUCGCGUCAGGGAUUAAUCGACAAGUUUAACCAGGAUUCGAGCUACGACGUGUUCCUGCUGACUACCAGAGUGGGCGGUCUGGGAGUUAACUUAACAGGCGCCGAUAGGGUUAUCAUUUAUGACCCGGAUUGGAAUCCGGCGACAGACACGCAGGCGCGAGAACGCGCCUGGCGGAUCGGGCAGGAUAAGUCGGUGACCAUCUACAGGCUUCUGUCUGCCGGUACCAUAGAAGAAAAGAUGUACCAGAGGCAGGUGUGGAAGCAACUGUUAAGCAAUAAAAUAUUAAUCGACCCAAGCACUAACAAGUUCUUCAAGUCGUCGGAUUUGUUUGAUCUAUUUUCGCUGCCCUCGGAUCCGAAACCGGAGACGACCAAUAUAUUUCAGGAGUCCAGGGUUAGGCUGCAGGAAAAAUACAAGGAAAAGCAAGAAUCGAGGGCGAAGAGGAAACUGAAAAAUCGUCAAACGGACGAAGCGUCGGGCGAGUCUAUAUUCACUGAAGAGAGGGUGGAGGCUAUGAAAGCAUUGGCUCGCCAAAUCGCCAAAGGAAUUACCGCGAAUCCUGAACCUCACACACAGAAGGCGGAGAGACUCUGUUACCUAACGGAGAAACAAAGGUUGAGAGAGUUGACACCGCCUGAACUAGUAAAAUAUAACCGGUUAAACUUCAACGAGCGCAAAGGCGAUGCUGACGAGUUGGUUGCUGGUUGCAGUUUUGAAAAAGCCUUGGAGGCAAGUGCCAAAACGUCAUUGAACCAAAAGAUCGCGAAAGAGGAACGGAAAAGAAGAAAACGUUUGAAGAAAGCGAGCGUAGGACCCGAAGCGAAAAGAAAGAAGACCGUAGACACGUCUGGUAAGAUUGAUGGUGUGGAUGUGACGGGUUUGGUGAAGCGUGAGGUUCCAAAACGCGAGAAGAGGUCCAAGACUGGGAUGAAGUCUCAAGACUCAUACAUAUUGGAACAUUUGUUUUCAAAAAAAGGGGUUUCGGGAGCUGUAGAACAUGAAUCGGUAGUCAACCAAGGAGUUCGUAAGCAUACUUUGAAGAUACGCGAAGAGGCCGAGCGGAAGGCGUCGAAAGCAUUAGACGCGCUGAAGAAGUCUAGGUUUAAAUAGUUGUUAAUUUUUCUUAUAAUUUUUUGUAAUAUAAUUGUUGCAUUUA